GUUUGUUAAUAUUUGUAUAACAGCCUUUGCAUGUUUUAAAAAUGAGAAGGCGAAAAAGGGAAAUAUAUUAAAAGGAAGAAAUACGGGAAAAAGCUUGGCCUAAGUAUAGUGUGUACGCCAUCGCUCUGUUCCAGUUAUCUCCAAAUCCACCUCCAAAAACCCCUUUCGCUCUCUCCUCAUUUUCCAUUGCUAGGGUUCUGCUCUCUUUGGGAGAUUUUGAUUUUAUCUUUUUCUUUUUCUUCUCAACAGAAAGGAAUCACUUCCCUAGCUUUGUCAGAUUUAAGUUUGAUGACAGUGUCAUAGUUGGAUUGUCUUGUAUAUAAUUCAGUGAGUCCAAUUGCUCAAAAGUGCUAAAGCAGAUGAUGGAAUUCUUGGCUGCAUAGCUGCCUGACUCCUUUUUAGGAACUUAUAUGAAAAAGAUGAAAAAUGGUGAUGAUUUCUUGAAUUUCCUCCCUUGCGACUUGUCAAUAAAGAUACUUACUGCUUUAGAGGGUCCAUCUGAUCUUGUUCGCAUCACUGCUGUCUCACGCAACUGGCGACAUUUUGUGAUUAGACAUGGUCUAUGUAAGCAUCUGUCCCUCCAAAUGUUUCCCCAAUUAUCUAGAGUUGAUCGUGUCAAUGAGCUAGGUGGCAGUACAAAAGGUCAUGCUGGAGCUGGAUCUAGUAAUUUUAUGGAGUGGGAAGCUUUGGAGAGGGAGCAUAGAGCUUAUGCCUUUUUAGCUCGAUGUUGUUUGUCAACUACUGCUGGGGAUUGCAUCUCAGAAGCAAUAAUUGCUUCUAGCACUGAUAAUUAUCCAGAGGAAAGCAUAUGUAAUACUUUGGAACCAAGAGAUAGGGUGGCUCGGACAGCUUCAUACUGGUCUAGUAAAGGACAAAAGAAUCCUGCCGUGCCUGAAACAUUGACAUAUAGAUUGAUUGCUGAUUUGUGUGUUGUUACAGAGAUCAAGAUAAGACCUUUCCAGGCUUUCUUCCAGUUUGGUUACCCUAUAUAUUCAGCGAAGUCUGUGAGAUUUCGCAUGGGUCAUAUCAAGGAUGCGGAUGAGUCAUGCCAGGAUUCUGGUACUGACAGGUUUGCAUGGACUUACACCUCACAAGAGUUUGAAAUGGCUCAGGAAAACCGCUUACAGACUUUCAAGCUUCCAGAGCCUAUUCUUUGCAUUGGUGGAAUAUUACAGAUUGAGCUGUUGAGUAGGGUCCAGAGACAGGAAAUAGAUGGCUUGUUCUAUAUCUGUGUGUCACAUGUUCAAGUUGUGGGACGCCCAUUAUCUCCUGCUUUUGGUAUUCAGAUACUUGAACCCCCAGAAAAAUUCGUGCUAGAGGUACAGAGUUAUUCACUGCCAACUUUACCUGAGCAGAUGAGCUCUAUAACCAGUUUGCAGAUGCGUGUGAGAGACUUGGAGCAAAUUCUGAAUUUACUGCAGGGAAAUGAAGGUGAGGUGGAAUAUGGAUAUGAAUGGGAAGUGGAAGACGAGGACGAGGAAGAAUUUGACAUCUGAGCUAACCUUUCACAUGGAAGCUUGUUGGAAACUAAAGCGUGUAACCUUGUUCUGGAUUAGCUUAUAUUCUGGUUUUAUGUGCUAGUGUUAUAUAUCAAAGCCUUGGCCAUUCAGAAA